ACUAUUUUCUUAAUGGGUCUGUAUUCUGCACCCCAAUCGUACGAGUGUCAUCACCAUCACUAUUAGCAUGAUUCUAUGGCGGUAAAUAAUUAUUGCUUCGAUGUUAUGAUCAGGAUGUUAACGAUAAUGGGGAUUGUGAUAAUCAUGCUGAUGACAAUAAUGACAAUGGUGGUGAUGAUGAUGAUGAUUAUGAUCAUGCCAUUGGCGAUGAUAAAUGAUUAUUUUGAUGUUGAUGAUGAUAUUGUCAAAGACGACGAUAGUUUUAACAUUGAUUUUGAAUAUAAUACGUACUGUAAUUAAUAUACGAUAUAAUACAAACUUACAUUGGUGCAACCUUUCCCUCAAAACUAGACAAAUAUCAUUAAUUGGCACUUUUCUUAAAGUAGUUACGUUCUUAAAGCGGCGUUAUCAGCAGUUGACUUCCCGGAGGGCCCACGGAAACCUAAAAAACCCAUUCGAAUCCGCGCUAGUUUACAGGUCAUCUCUAAAUAAUCAGUCACAUCCUCAAAGAAACUUCCAAUAGACACACUGCUUUUACAAUUUUGAAAUAUUUUUCGCGUUUUCCGUUAAAAACCAUCGGAGAUUGUUACGUAAUCGACCGGAAGUAAAUUGGUGACGAUGCCGCUUUAAUGUGAAAACAUUGACAUUCUAUGUUUCGUUUGCACAGUGUGAAAAGGUGCGUGGGGACAACGUGAUGCUGACCACGUAUGGCUAAUCCUGUGCUUUUCUCAUUCCAUACUUCUUGUUCCUGGUUCUUGGAGGAAUCCCUUUGUUCUUCAUGGAGCUAAGCAUCGGCCAAGUACUACAGCGAGGACCCGUCAAAGCCUGGCAGAAAAUCAGUCCACUCUUUACCGGUAUCGGUCUCACCUCCAUGAUGCUAUGCUUCCUGGUCGCCAUCUACUACAAUGUCAUCCUUGCAUGGAGUUUAUACUAUCUUUAUUACUCGUUCUUCGCGGAGGUGCCCUGGGUCGGUUGUAAUCAUCCCUGGAACACACCUGAUUGCUAUGUGCACAACGCGUCCGCUGUCAACGCUUCUGGGGUUUCAUCUAGCAGGGAGUUCCUUAUCUACAAAGUCCUAGAGAUUACCAAAGGCAUUGAUGAACCGGGAGGCCUGAAUGUUCACUUGACUGUGUGUCUUCUGGUAGCCUGGGUACUAGUGUACUUCUGCAUCUGGCGAGGGAUAAAGACCACGGGUAAAGUCGUCUACGUCACAGCUACGCUUCCCUUCAUUAUCCUCAUCGUUUUCUUCAUCAGAGGAGUCACUUUACCCGGGUCGUUGAACGGAAUUCUGUAUUUUAUCACUCCAGAAUGGAAACGGUUAAAGGAUCCAAAGGUCUGGGUGGAUGCAUCCUCUCAGAUUCUGUACUCAUUGGCCAUCGGUUUUGGUGUCCUGACAGGCUUUGCCAGCUACAACAACCGCAAAAACAACAUUUACCGGGACGCAAUGGUAAUCUCGCUCGUCAAUUGUUGCACCAGUAUCUUCGCCGGGUUUGUCAUCUUCUCUAUUGUCGGACACAUGGCGCACAUCCAGGAUAAAAGCGUGUCGGAAGUCGCGUCUCAAGGCCCUGGUCUUGUAUUCAUCGUUUACCCAGCAGCCCUUGCACUUUUGCCUUUACCCCAGUUAUGGGCAGUGAUUUUCUUUUUGAUGAUGAUAGCCCUAGGACUCGAUAGCCAGUUCGGUCAGGUUGAAGUAAUUGCACAGGCAAUGAUCGAGCAAUGGCCACAACGUUUAAAGCGUCAUCGCGAGCUGGUGAAUCUGGUCAUCUGUUUUGUCCUCUUCCUUUUAGGGCUCUCGUGUGUAUCAAAGGGCGGGAUGUACGUGUUCAACUUGUUUGACUCGUUUUCAUGUGGCAUUUCCUUGCUGUUUCUCGUCACAUUUGAGCUUAUCGUGAUUGGCUGGAUUUACGGUGCUCGUCGUUACGCGAAUGACAUAACCCGGACGAUAGGGAGAAGUGUGCCCUUGUGGUGGGUCCUCUGCUGGAAAUAUUUUUCACUCAUCAUGGUGCUGGGCAUACUGGUGUUCAGCCUGAUCAAGUAUAAACACAUCACGUACGAGGGUCAGGAAUACCCCGCCUGGUCAGAGGGCGUUGGCUGGUUCCUUGCGCUCUGUUCCAUGAUCAUCAUUCCUGGUACUAUGUUCUUCAGACUCUACCACGCCGAGGGGACAUUUGUACAGCGCCUAUAUAGGGAGACCUUCGUUGCAAUUGACGACAAGACCGACCCUGUGGAAGAUGACGAGAAAACCAUCACCACUAUCUUCUAAGUGCCACGCCUUCAGGCGAACAUAGGGAGGUGCGCAGGGUGCGCAUGCGACCCCCCCCCCCCCUUUGGUGGGCAAAAAGUGGCUCAUUUGUUAUAAAAAAAUUCUUCAAAUACUAUGCGUUUUCCAUAUACCUAUGACUGCGCAACCCCCCCCCCCCCCCCCCCUCCUCAAUACUUGGUACGCGCCUGGCCUUCUUGAUAAGGCGUCAAGCUGGUUUUACACGACAUUACAGCCUAACUUCAAGUUUUACCGGAUUCUUUAAUCUUUCAAAAGCGGCAAAAUUUACACUGCUAGGUACCCCUCCUUACGCACAGAAAAAAAAGUGGGCCGAUGAAUAAACUUCACAGGGUCUUGUGUGAUGAGAGACUUAAAGUUUGCCAGGAUAGUUAACAAUUUCCUCUUGAGUCGGGAUUUGUUGGGUUUGCUUCAAAAAGGAAAUGGCACGUGAAAACUAGCCUUAAAGGUGAAUAUUUCACGUGAAAACCAGCCUAAAGGGUGCUCAUAUCACGUGAAAACCAGCCUUAAGGGUGCUCAUAUCACGUGAAAACCAGCCUUAAGGGUGCUCAUGUCGCGUGAAAACCAGCCUUAAGGGUGCUUAUAUUGCGAGAAAACCAACUUAUAUCUCGUGAAAACCAGGUUUAAGGGUUUAUGUCGCGUACAAACCAGUCUUACGGAACGGAGCCAAUAAGAGGCAAAGACUAACAAAUCAGUUUUCAGUAACAAGACUUCCAUUUCCAUUGACUCGGUCAUGGGGGUUUUCCUCAGGCAAAUUUAUUUCCGGCAAAAGCCACUACCAAAGUGAUUUUAGCCCUAUAAUGUACAAACUGUGAUUUCUAAAGAAACAAGCAAUAAUGAAAGUAUAUAAAAAGAUGUAAUUAAUAAUGAUUAAGCAAAGCAAUUAAGAAUAAAACACUAAAUGGCAAGUGAAAAAGAAAA